AUUGCUGGUGCUGCUGUGCUGUGGGACUCUAGCGAUCCUCUGCUGUCUGUCUAUAUAGAGACCGACGAGCGCAAGUUCAUUUGUUUUCGAACGACCACUCAGUCCGGCUUGACAGUGUGAACUUCGGCCUUACAACAACGAUGGCCAGCAGUAACGAUUCGACGAUCCAGUUUUUCAAGAAGGCGUCCCCCGACCAAUGGACAUAUCUCCUCGCUUGCUACAAAGAUGCUGUCGGAGCCAAAGCCCAACAGAGAACCAAAAAAGGGGGUCCGGAACAGUAUCUCAAGCUCGACACAUGGUAUCAGGAGGAAUUGCCGAAUUUGAUCCGUAGUCGCAAGGAUCCCCACCUGGAAUAUGGCGAGCUCGUCGAUUUGAUGAAAUGGAAGUUGAUGAGGACUAAGUACAAGCCUGCGUCUCUCGAUCUCGUGAAAACCAACACUGAGAAAAACGUGAAGACGACCACCCAACGCGCUUUCAAGCGUAUGCCUAAACUCGAAGCCGCACUUCAAGCUCUGACCGCUGGCUUGAAGGGUAUCGGAAUCGCGACGGCCUCUGCCAUCCUGGCGGCUGCCUACCCAGAUUAUGCUCCAUAUAUGGCCGAAGAAUGCAUGGUGAGCACUCCGGACGUGGAAGCCGAGGACUAUACACAGGCCGAGUACCUAAAGUACGCCGACCACUACCAGAAAUUCGCGAAGAAAUUGGUAGAGAAGGAUCCCGCGGGUGCAUGGACGCCCCAUAAGGUCGAGCUCGCCAUUUGGACGCAUUACAUCUUACGUCUAUUGAAACCCGAAUUGCUCGAAAGGAUGCCCGAUCAAGUGGAGAGCAAUGGAUGUGAUGAGGAGUCGAACCAAGGUCCUAUUGAGGGACAAACCAACGGAGUGUCUUCAUCGUGUGACGAAGAUUCGCAGCAAAGUAAUGGUACCAUCGGCCAAGAAGACAGUAACAGCCUUCCACACAUGUCGAACGGUAACGGAAACGGGAAGACGGCUUCCGAGAAGAACGGUCACCACGAAAGCAACACCGAUAACGAUACGAGGUCGAGUUUACUAGAGGAAUCCUCACAACCAUCAGAUCUCGAAGCGUCGCAAGAUAGCACCAUCGCUGCGAGCGCGGUCAAGAGGACCGCGGCCGAAGACGAAGAGGAGAACGGUGUCGAUGCCAGUAGCGAACACUCAGAAUGUAAGAAACAGAAGCUCACGCCCUCAGAGACACCGAAUGAACAGCCGGUCGCGGUAGAAACUCAGUAAGGCGACGAGGGAGGCGGCGAAAGUGGCGCCGACGGCAACAAGUUCUUUUGAGUAGACAUGGUCACUAUACAGAACACGAUGGGUAUGAUGACUGAAAACAUAAACAUGGUGGCGAUCGUGUGAUCAUGGACCGGGAGCUGACACUUCACACCAACAAGGAACAACACGACAAAUUCGAGGAGACCAUAAAUCACAACGCGCAUUCAUUGUAAUUAUAACGAUUAUUAUUAUCAUUAUUAUUCGAAGUUCCGAUGUCCUACAUAACGCUUAUGAGCGUAACUAUCUCAAUGCGGGUGGAGCUGGCGUUGGUUCUGAUCAUUCGGGCCAAUAAGGUGGGAAAUUUUGUGGAGCCCGCUGCGACAGACCACGGCCAAUCGGCGGGAGGACGGGUCUCGACACUGGCCAGUAUCGAUCGCCAGUCUCUUAGUCCUGGAGCGAGCUGGCGUUAAAACCCCCUUCAGCGAAUAAACUUGGCGAAGACAAAAAAGAAAUUCCCCCGAUGAGGGCACUGAAUCUCUAGGGGGAAGAUUGUCUGCGCUCCGGUUGGUCUGUCGAGUCGUGAGCUUGGAGUUGUCCGAAUGAGCUUGAGAACGUCAUACCUAUCGCUUGUGUCGAAGCUCAUGAGCGGACGGAUUUGUCGUCCUGCGAAGGCAGUCAGCCCCGCGUAACGGGCGUAAUCUCGUUCGGUCGGGCGCCGUGGUCCUGCGGCCCGGGGUGAGCCCGAGAGAUCUGAUCCGACGGACAAUCGUCUAGCCGAGCUCGAAGCGGAGUGUGUUCGGUCUCUGUGAAGUUAUUCCGGCGAGAGAGAGAGUUCCAAUGGCGGGCCAGCGCUGCUCGGCGAUCACGGACAAAAAAUUCUAUCGUUCCGACUGACUAGAGGUCUUCCCUGAAGAACCACCGGAAGAAACGUGAGGCACACCGGUAAAAGUGAUCCGUGAAGCUACCAAGACAGACACAAACACUUACAGACAAACACAUUCGAAUGGCGUAAUGGAGAGCUACUUGAGAAUAAAGCCGAAAUUUCCUUUUUGAAAAUCGCGGAAACUGAGGUGAGAUGGUAAAGAUGCACGAGAUGGAGACUAGCAUUGUUUUAAAGAACAUUCGCAUAUUGUAAAUGAAAUUAACAGCCGUUGGUGUUCAGUACUAUUGAAGGCAGAAAGCAAGGGGAGACGAUGGCGAAGCUUUGCAGCGAAACGGAGACAAGUACAUGGAUAUAAUAUUAUUAAUAAUGGUGAUGAUGAUAAUGAGCAUUACGAGAAUGAUGUUCAUUGAGCAGAUGGCGCUGGAAACAAUAAAAACAUUGCAGCACCACGAGACGAGCAUAAUGAUAAUGAUGACGAUCAUGGUAGAAAUCAAUUGUCUCCAUCAUUAUUAUUAUUGAUGAUUGAUACUACAUCGGAUUGAACUUUGUGUAUGCUCAGGAGAUGACAGACGGAAUCAGAAGGGGAUCGAUGAUCCUGAUGAUGACCAGAAAGAUUGUAUAAAGUCGUCGUUUUUUGUUCUCGAAGGCAGACGUUCCCGUCGGUCCCUGAUAGAGGGAGGGCUAAGACAUAGGAAGACAAAGGAAUCUGACGAAUGCUGCCGGGAAGAACGUCCUUGUACAUCCAACUCCUUCUCCCCAUCGUAUAGACGAAACUUACAUACCGACAGACGGAUAAAGUGACGGACAAACGAACGGGCAAACAACAGAGAAACUAUCGAACACACACUCGGAUAUUGAACACAACUGGGAAAGCCACCGGUGCAGAGAAAGAAAACACCCCCUCUGCAUCAGAGCCGAUUUCGAGCCUAACAUCGGCAAGAAUCGAUCCCCCGGGAGAAGAAAUGAGCAUCCGAGAGGAAUCAAGUUGCCCACUUGGUUAAACCAUUCCGACGGACUCGUCGGACAUGUCAAAAAAUUGAAUAUUUGUCGAUUAUAACCUGGUGGUGAAACAUUAUCUACUAUAUCAAUAAACCUAUUGUAUCUCCUUAAAUCGA